AAGACAGUCUUAUAUGUGACAUUAUGGCAUUCUUUAGAAUUAUAUUGACAGGUUACGGUUAAUUUUGAGAUGGAUAAAAUUAUAAUUGGUCGUAUGUUUUACAGUUGAUAUCAGGCUUAAGAUCUGUCAAAUUUGAAAAACCAGUUUUAAAUUUGAAAUAACAGAAAAAUUCAAAAAAAUGAAAAAUGUUCAUUAAUAUCCUCAUAUUUUGCUUUCAUUUCCAUCAAGUAAAAGGGUUUGAAAAUUAUGAUAUUCAGGAGUCAGGACGAACACAAUAUCAAUUGUUGCAAGAAAGAGGAAGAUUGCCUCAUUAUGGAUCCUGUUGGAAAUCUGCCCUCGAAUAUUUGGAAAUUGGAUGUAAAUAUAUUACUGAACAAAUACAAAGUGAAAUUGCACUCCAUCUUACAAAUUGCUUUUUGGCAAUGUCUGGUGAGGAUACAUAUAAUUGCCAUUCUGAUAAAAAAUAUAACUUGAGAGCGAUAUGUAUAAGCAGUAUGAAUGAUAGGGCUUUCAAUGUGUAUACAGAAUUUUACACACAUACUCAAAAUAUGUGUGGUUUCCUACAAGGACAUGUAUGGCAGGAAAUGAUUGCCGAAAACACCAUGGUCGUUGGAAGACAAUUAGAGAAAAGUGCACAACAUCAAAAGGAUCUCUUAGAUGCUCAAAAAGAAAGCUUUAAGUUACAAGAAAAGAUGUUGCAUCACGGAAAAGUGUUGGAAAAUAUUUUAGAAAAUUUAUUUGCUUCUUUCAAGGAGCAUCAUGAUAUAUUAAACUUAUUAUCAAGAACCGUAGCGGAUUUAAGAAAUUGGAUUAUUGGAGAAAUGUCUUGGUUUGAAUCAAUACUUUUCUAUGCUGCUUCUGUUGUUAUAAUUUUAAUUUUAACAUCUUCAUAUAGAACUAAUUCAGCUAGAUUAGUAAUUUUAUUUUUGCUUCUUAUAAACUAUUUAGUUGAAAGAUUAAUAUGUUUCAUACAUGUUUUCCUUUCUCAUGAGGGUAGUUCAAAGAUAUAUUCUGAAGUUUACAACUAUAUUUGGAUUUCUCGAUAUUGCUUUAUGUAUUUAUCUUCAUUUAUAUUAUUAUAUUUUAGUAUUAUAUAUAAAGAUAAUUCUACAAAGCAAUACAAAAUUCUUUGUUCAAUUCAAGAACAAAAUACAGAAAUUUUGAAAAUACUUCAAACUUCACAAAAAACUUCAAAAGCCAUUGAUAGAAUUGACAAAUUAUAUUUAAACAGAAGUAAUGAAAAUAUUGGAGAUAAUAGUUUAUUGAAAUCUGCAAAAAAUAUUUCUAAUAAAUUACAAAGAGUAGGUACCUCGAGUGGUUCUAUUAAAGAGAAAUCUAUAAAUACUCUUCGUUCUGUUAAUACCAAGGAUAAAUAUAACCUAGACGUAUUAGAUCAGAAUCUAAAGUUCACGUAUACAAAGUGAGUCAUGAGGUACUUUACAUAUUUCUACCAUAUGUAGAGUCACUCAGGGAGGAUAUCCCAUGCCAAUAAAAAAUUUCAACACCUUUAUUAAUUUAAAGGGUGAUUUUUAAAAUUAACCAUAAAUUUUUUUGACCAUAGUGUACACAACUCAUUUAAUUUUGUAGAUUUUUUCAUGAUACAUUACACUACUAUCAAGCAUUCGGUGAUGAUAAAAUAUUCAGGUUGUAGGCUAAUCAACUAAAUUUCAAUUUUUCCCUUAUGUAAGUAACAUGAUCUUUGAUAGUAUGCAGUUCACUUUCACAUUUAGUUUCGAGUUUGGGGGAGUUGGAAAUUAAAUUUAAAAUGGCAUAUUAAAGUUUUAUUUGCAAAGAUUAAAAAUUUAUACUACUUAAAAAGAAAAUAGAAUUUCACAUCCAAAUCCCAAUAUUUUCAUCCCAAUUUCAAUUAAGAUAUUUACUUAUGAAAUAACUGUUCUAUUUAUUUUACUUCAUUUUGGAAACCUCUCAAAUUUAUUUAAAUAAAUUGGCAAUAGAAUUAUGUACUAAUUAAUUAUGAUUGGGUAGUAUAACUUUCAUUAUCUUGCUUAUGUCUUGAAUAUUGAGUUAUUUUGAUAUUUAUUUAUUUAUGGAUUCAAGUUUUCUUUGAAUGAAAUUGUUAUUACAAAACGUAAAACGUUAUUUAAAUAUAAUUAUUAUGCAAAUCUAAAAAAUGUAAGACUAAAUCACAUAAAAACUUAACUGCGACCUUUUUACAAACAAUACAACCAUCAAUAUUCUCCAUAUUCAAUUUUAUAUAUACUUGAAUAUAUACAAUUGUUUAAACAACGAACCCAACACACUGUAUUUAAGUUCAAAUUUUUUAUAUAGUGUUAUGUAAUUGGAUAUUAAAUUUUUUUAGUUUGUACUAUUUCAUUUCUUAUCUCCAAGUGAAAAACUGUAAAAAUUUCAUCAGUAUUCACAUAAAAGGACAAUAAAAAUUCUAAACAAUAAUGUUAAUUUCCAUAGAUUCGCUCUGAUUUAUCGUGUACAUUUUAAAAAUUUCCUUCGACUUUUGUUGACCGCUGAUAUACUAUAUAAAAUCUGAUUACUAUUUGUCUGAUGGUAUUCUAUUUGUUAGGUCUCAAAUUAAGGAUUUUUAAUUUCAAUAUAUGGUGAUGGAUUAUUAGCAGCAGUAUUUAUUUCAACUGUUUUCAAUUUUAUUCUGAGGCUCUUUUUGAAAAUUUACAGUUUAAUAAUUUUCUUCUAAUUCCAGAAAAUUUUCAACUAUUUUUGUCAUCUCAAUCAUGAUUACACAAUUCUACUGGAUGUAUUGUUACUUGUUACUAUAUUGUUACUUCUAUAUGUGUGUCAUUGACAUUUCUUGUUGUCUUAGACAUCGGCUCUGGCUUAGAUAUUUGGUUUGGUCGGAAAACUUGUUUUCUCGAACCAAACACCUGUGCAUUGAUUGUAUAAUUAUGACGUUGUUGUGAAAGUUUAUAUUAAUUGGUUGACUCGGAAAUUUAUCAUUAUUAUUAUUUUCACUAUUCCCUGGAUAAAUAAAUUGAUUUUUCUGUUAUAAUUGUUAUUAUUUUUAUGUUGACUAAUCUGAUCAUUCCUUAGUAAAUUUAAAUUUUCUUUAAAAUGACUAUUAUUAUUUCGCGACUUCUAAGGAGUUAGGUUUCUACAAAUACAUAUUAUUUCUUAUUAUGCCUGAACAUCCUACAAUAAAGAUGUUCAGCGCAGUUUUCUCGCAAUGAUUUAUUUGGUAGUUUUUGUCUAUUUCACUUAAAUUAAAAUCAUUUCUUAUCCGUUGUAUUGUUUGACUUUUCAACAAUUGUAAAUGUAACUUUUGUUCCCAAAAGUUUUCAUUUUUAAAUGGUAUUGUUAAUUCUUGUAAAAUACAGUCGGGGUCACGUCUGUUAGCAAAACAUUGCUUUAACGCUUCUUCUAUUUUAUGCUAUGUAAUUAAUUCCAUGCUAUAUUCUACCGUGUCCUCAGCUUUUCCAGUUAAUUUUUCCUGGAUACAUUCCAAAACAUGAGUGUUUAUAUAAUGAUCAUUGUAGAUAAAUUUUGAUAAUCUCUUUAUAGUAUUACUGUCUCCGUUGUACGGCUUAAAAUUUUCUAAUUUCAAUAAUUUCCAAUUAAGGGUUUUUGGGUUAGCCGUGGCCAUUUUAAAUGAAUCGGAAUCAAUAAUGAUAUUCAAUUUAUUAAAUGUAGUUAGUAAAUUUUCUAAUUCUUUAAUAAAAUUAAAAAGUGAUAAAUCUUCUCUUCCUUGCCCCAGUUAUAGAUAAGGAUAGAGUUCAAAAGGAAAAAUACAACAAAAUAAGGAACUUAGCACGUUCAGGCGUUCUGAGGCCUAUUUCUUGUCCCUUGUAGAUCGUAGGUCUUUAUACUGCUUAUAAAAAUACGGAGUCGAGUUGUUUAUUGCGACAAAUCGUAAAAAAUUCACGACAGCACGAAUCCUACUGACUGCGCCAAUUGAGGAUUUUACUCCUUGAAAAACUAUUUUUAAAAAACUUUAUUCACAAAAAUUGACAAAUUACAAUAUUGAAUGAGUUUUAAUAAUUCAAUCGUUGAAAUUAAUCUGAUUCGUUCAACAUUUUUUUUCGUCUCUCGUUACCAUUUGUUUACUUUUUUCGCAAAACGGGUAAUCUUUUGUUAUGUUUAUAGCAUAGAAGAAAUAAUUUUGUAAAUUACGAAAAUCAAAAUUCUCAUAUUGUUUAUGUUUUUGAUC